GGUGACCAGACUUUCUGUUAACAAUUACCGGUCAACUCCAACGGAAAAAUAGUUUGGGACACAAUUGUCAUAUAGAAUAUUUUAGGACACAAAUGGCACAAAGUUAAUAGUUCGGGUUUCCCAAUAAUAUUAACCCAUUUAACUAUCACCAAAACCAAACUACACCUAAAUCUCCGAUAUUUUGCUAACUUGUGUGUUGCUUUUUCUGGAUUUGCCUUUUUGUUCAUAAACUCCAUUGCUUUGUGAUAAUGAAAGAGCGUGGGGAAGGUGAAGAAAGAACUGGAGACUGAAAGUUGGGGGUGGGAACUGGGAAGUGACAACUUUCAGAAUUCAGAGUGCAAAAGUAGAGAUAUUCUAAGUGUCCCACCCUCCUACUUUAUCACCUGUUUUUUUAACCCAUACUGUUUUUUAACCAUAUUGUAUAAUAUUAUCAUUUUGUAAAGUAUAUUUUAUUUUCUUGUUUCCUAAUUUAAUAAAACCAAUCACGAAAACAAAAUUCAUUUUGCAGCCAAUAUGUAGCGUAUUAUUUUGUAUGUCUUAUACAAUAAUACUAAAUUUUUACUUGGGCUUAAUUCACCUGCAUAGCCUUAACUUUCACGAUUUUGACAAAUAUAGCUAUUUUUUGAAAAAUACAUAGGUUUAGCCACAUUUUAGAAGCUUGUUUGACCAAAUUAGUCAUUUUCGUUAAAAACUUUAACACCGUUAACAAGACGCUGAUGUGGUUGUCACCUCAACUCCCACAUCAGCUCCAACACACCAAGUCGUACCACCUGGUUGCCACAUCAUAUUUUUUAAUUAAAAUAAAUAAUUAUUUUUAUAAAACAAUCAUCGUUUCCAAACCCCAUCCUCCACGGACUCCGAACUUCUCCGUCAAUCGACGACGAACUUCUCCGUCAAUCGACGACGAACGGAUCUAGGUUUUCAGAGUUCCUAAGGUUGCCGCCACCGCGUUAGUUGUCACCGCCACCACCGCGCUAUUUUGGCCUCCCAUGUCCCAACCGCCAGAAUUUUUCAACCUCCAAAAUCUAGCAUCCGCAACCACCAAAAUACAUCAGAUCGGAUCCAGAACCAGAACACUCGGAAGUGGUCACCAGAACUCCUGCUCGUGGUCCAACUCCAUCGUUGCCCACUCUUUGUAGGUCUCCACCUCUAACAACUUUAUUAGAUCAGAGUCAAUUAUGGAUGGAUAAAAAAUGCGUCAAGACCAGCAACAACCCACCUUGACGGUCGUUUUCUCUUCGAUUUCACCCAGUUUCAAUUCGUACACAACCUCUUCCGACGAAUCCCUUGUUAAGGGGAUAAAAGAUAUGAGAGGUCACAGACAAGAGAAGGAACGACCGCCGUUGCCACCAGUCCGGCAGUCCCUUGUAGUUCGAUCUCUUCGGCAACGCUGUGAUUUGUCGGUAAAGGAGAGUGGAAGCGGCCAUAGCAUAUUUGUAACCUUAAGUGAAGGAGGAGAUACAGAGAGAAGGCGGAGGCUUCCCAGUGGAGGUGAGCUUCAAUUUGUCGUCGAUUGAAUGGAUUCAGUGGGCUUCAAUUUGUGUGGCGGUUGCAACUCAGACGGUGGCCGAGAGAAGGGGAGAGAGAUGGGAUGGGGUCAUCGAGAGAGAAGGAGAUGAAUGAAAAGGGGAAAGUGAUUUCGAUCUCUUUUUCUCACCUUUUUACUUUUAUUUUUAACUUCAUUUAUUCAUUAAUUAAAACAGUAUCAAUGUUUUCCACGUGGUAAGGAUGCAAAAUAAAAUACGACACAUUAG